UCCAAAACACACCCUUUGAUGAUGGGGAAUAACAAGUUCAAAUUUUCAGAUAUGAUACCAAAUGGUUGGUUCUACAAACUGAGGGAUAUGAGCAAAUCAAGGAAGAGAAACAAUGCCUCUCAUGUUAUCAAGAACAAGAAAGUAACAACUUCAACUUCUCAUCACUAUUUCCCCAUCGAACCAAGCAAUAACAAAGCUGGUAAGUUCCAUAACUCUCCUAUUUACACAAAACAUUCCGAUUUUGUAUUCGGCGAUUCGCCAAGAAAGUCGUCCUCAAAGAGAAAAACUAAAAAGAAAACAAUCUAUGAGCCUUCUUCCCCGCCGAUUGUUUCAUCGCCGGUGUUAGAAUCUUGGAGCUUUCAUUCUCUAGAAAAGAAAAAUAGUCCAAAUUGGACUAAACCAAAACAUGAAACAAGAGGAUGCGAUUCGUCGUCCGAGUCUGACUGCCACGAGUUUAACGCUCGUGGCAGCAGGCCUAAUAGAUUGGUAACCUCUGAAUGUAGCUGCAGAGUCAGUUCUUCAACCAAUGACAUCAUAAUUGACAUGAAGAGUGGAUCAACGGACGCAAUUUCGCCGUUAGGCCUUGCUCCAAUCUUGACAAAGCCGGCGAAAUUCGAAGAACAAAUCUUCAUAAAUCCAACUCAAACAUGUCUAGUAUCUCGAAAAUCUUCUGCUAAUUCUAAAGGAAUAAAGCUAAGAGUCAAUUCUCCAAAACUCGCGAACCGGAAGGUUCAAGCCUAUGCAAGAAGGAGUGUGUCAUGCAAAGGAUCAAACUCAAAGAAUGCAGGUUUUCCGGAGGGGUUUGCCGUCGUUAAGUCGUCGGUCGAUCCGCAGAAAGACUUCAGGGAUUCAAUGGUGGAGAUGAUCAGAGAGAAUCAAAUCCUUGCUUCCAAGGAUUUGGAGAACCUUCUUGCCUGCUAUCUUUCACUGAAUUCAAGUGAAUACCAUGAUCUCAUUGUUAAAGCAUUUGAGCAAAUAUGGUAUGACAUGGCUCAACUUAAAUUGUAAAGUUCUUAGAUUAUCCAAAUUUAUAUGUAUAGUACUAGAAAAAUGC